AAAUCAAAAUUUUAAAUAGAAAUGUCUAUAUUACUCAAACAUUAUUUUUAGAAUAUUGUCAUCAUGUAUAAUUCCAAUAGUGUUAAUUAAAGGAUAUUAAACUGUUCUUGUAAACCCACAUUUUAUGUGGGAGUAUAUUGCCAUCACUCCUGUCUGUCCAUCUGUUCACAAUUCUAGUAAAUGCCAGAGUUUUCAAAAUAGAAUUUUUUAAACUUGCUGGGAUUGUUUAAUUUAUUUUUAAAGAGAAACCCUAUCGAAAUUCAGAGUGAUGCAAUUAGUUACUGCCACUAUCAUCCAAAUCUUGUAAAUGCUUUACAGGUCAAAGAUUAUGAGUUUUUUUUGCACUUAAAUCGUGAAACUUGUUCUACCUAGGAACCUUGUUGCAAUAUAGAAUUAUGCAAUGACUUUUUGCAAAGGCACCACCCCUAACAACGAAACCUUGUAAACCUUCAUGACCAAGUUUUUGAGAUUUUUUGUUAAUCUUGCUGAGAUCGUCUGGUUAAUCAUAUUGAGGACACCUGUCGAAAUUCAGGCUCACCCUUCUAUUUUAUACAGUUAAUAUUUUUUUUUUACAAACUUGUCAUGAUUAUUCAGCUAGUUGUUGUAAAGAGAAACCGUAUCUAAAUUAAAAAUCAGCCAUUAUUGUGCAUAGUUAUUGCCCCUGACCCCCAAGACUUGAAUCAAACCUUCAAAAUUACUGCUGGUGGACGUAUAUUUAUUAUAUGGCAGUGCUAUGUUGCUUAAUAAAUUCAAAUCGUUAAAUAUCAAUAUACAGAAUCUGUCUUACAUAUUUAUUUUAUUUUCAUAAAUCAUGAAAUUUUAAUUCAUAUUAGCAUUAUUUGAUUGUAGAUUGUUAUAAGUUUAUUUGUUGCUGUUAUUCUUGAUAAUUUAGAAAUGGAUGAGGAUAUAAAAAAAUUGAAACAGUUAAAGGCUCGUGAACAAAGUGCUGAAACCAAAGACUUUCUUCCACUUCGACUGCGAAUUUUCUCAUCCUUUUCUAAUCAUCCUCAGAUGGUUCGUGUGACAAAGAUGACGAGUGAGUUUAAUAUAUCUGAUAUAAGGGAGAGUUUUAUGCGACAAUUUAUGGAAUUGGAGUUAAAUCUGGUUGUUGAUACACAGGAUAAUCAAGAUAACGAACCACCAUGUAUAAAGACAUCCAAUUUACCACUGGUUAAAUCUACAACACAUGAAGUACGAAGUGGAGGUGUCAUAGAGAAAAAGAGUGGCAUCUCAGGAAUAGUCAGAGACUCAAACCAACAGAAAGGAGGUAGUGGAGGCUCAGCUCAGAUGGUAGCAGCCGGACCAAAAGCCUUGUCUUUACUUGGACAACAACAUAACAUCAGAAUGGAACGAAGGUCUAUGAGAGGAUCACGACCAAGUAGUAUAAAGUUAAAAUCUUUCCCCACGUUAAAAGAAAAUGGAGAUAUUAUGGGUCUACAUUCAGCAAGUCUAGCUGGAAGAAGAGCAGAAGAUUUUGAUAUCAAAGUUUGGCAACAGAAAAAACAACAAGCAGAAAUCAAAAGGAAUCAGAUAGUCGAAGAAUUGAGAGAGAAUCAUCCAUACUUUGACAUGCCACUUUUUUUCAUUGGUCGAGGAUCUAAGUUACGUAAAGUAUGCCAGCAAAUUGUCAGUGCUAAAUAUCAUUACAAACGUCAAGAUGUUGUCAUGGGUAAAAGUAAAAACAAAUUCAAAACAUUACAUAAAUUAUUGGGUCUGGUGACAUAUUUAGAUUGGGUGAUGAUAUUUGUGACGAUAGUAUCAUGUUCAUCCAUGAUGCUGGAGAAUCCCAAGAGAUUGAUUAUGUAUUCUUCAGAACUAAAGAUUGCUGAGUAUAUAUUUGUUGUAUGUAUGAGUAUUGAAAUGUCAUUAAAAAUAAUGGCAAAUGGUCUGCUUUUUACACCUAAGGCUGUUGUUCGUGAUUUUGGUGGAAUUCUAGAUUUGUUUAUAUAUGGUGUGAGUCUUAUAUUUUUAAUAUGGAUGCCAGGACAUGUCACAGCUCAAUCCGGUGGUCAAGUUUUACUCAUUCUACGAUGUCUACGACCCCUUCGUAUAUACAGUCUCGUACCACACAUGAGAAAUGUAGUAGACGAAUUGGUUAAAGGAUUUAAGGAAAUUUUAUUGGUAUCUGUAUUAUUAAUUGUACUAAUGUUCGUAUUUGCUACCUAUGGUGUACAUCUUCUGGGUGGCAGAUUAGCUAGAUGUAAUGAUCCAGCUGUUACAGACAGGGCUAAUUGUACUGGUAUAUUCUUUAGUAAAAUCUGGGUAACUAAGAUGAAAAUAGACAAACCAGAAGACGAUCAUCCAGGGUUUAUGGUUCCUAGAGUUUGGGCUAACCCAGCUAAUUUUAACUUUGAUAAUAUUGGAAAUGCUAUGCUUGCAUUGUUUGAAGUUUUGUCUUUAGAAGGAUGGCUGGAAGUUAGAGAUGUUAUAAUAGACAGGGUUGGACCAAUGGAGGCUUUGUAUAUCCAUUUCUUUGUAUUUAUUGGUUAUAUGAUUGGCCUAACAUUGUUUGUGGGUGUGGUUAUUGCUAAUUAUGGUGAGAAUAAGGGAACAGCCUUGUUAACUGUGGACCAGAGAAGAUGGUUAGAUUUAAAAGGGAGAAUAAAACUUGCUCAACCUCUGCAUAUCCCACCUAGACCAGAUGGCAAUGGUUUCCGAUCGUGGAUGUAUGAUAUUACACAGAAUAUUAUAUUUAAAAGAGCUAUAGUAUUUUUGGUUUUAGUUAAUUGUGCUAUGUUAUCAGUACCGUGGAAAGAUAGUUCUAUUACAAAUAUCCUAGCAGGAUUUUCAGCAGUUUUUACCCUUUUGUUUCUAUGUGAGGUAUUUAUGAAGAUGAUAGCGUUAUCACCUGGAGGUUAUUGGACAAGUAGAAGAAACAGAUUUGAUAUGUUUGUAACAUUAAUUGGUUGUUUAUGGAUUGUUCUACAUUUUAUACCAAAUCUUGAGUGGAGUAAUGAACUAGGGUUUGUUGUUAUUGUUUUAAGAUUCUUUACCAUAACGGGCAAACACGCCACAUUAAAGAUGUUAAUGCAGACGGUUGUUAUGUCAGUAUUUAAGAGCUUUUUUAUUAUAACGGGAAUGUUUUUAUUGAUGUUAUUCUAUGCGUAUGCUGGUGUUAUUUUAUUUGGUACAGUUAAAUAUGGUUAUAAUCUUGGAAGACAUGCUAACUUUGAAACAGCGUCUAAUGCCAUUGCGUUAUUGUUUAGAAUUGUAACAGGAGAAGAUUGGAAUAAGAUUAUGCACGAUUGUAUGGUUUCUCGUCCGUUCUGUACACCUGCUGAUAAUUACUGGGAGUCGGACUGUGGUAACUUUACGGCAUCUCUCAUGUAUUUCUGUUCUUUCUACGUCAUCAUUACUUACAUUGUACUCAAUUUACUGGUCGCUAUUAUUAUGGAGAAUUUCUCUUUGUUUUAUUCUAAUGAAGAAGAUGCCCUUGUAUCAUAUAACGAUAUUAGACAGUUUCAGAACACUUGGAAUCUUGUAGAUACCAAUAGAAAGGGUAUAAUUCCGGCCAGAAGAGUAAAAUAUUUAUUACGGCUACUGAGAGGGCGUUUAGAGGUUGACCUAGAGAAAGAUCGUCUGUUAUUCAAGCACAUGUGUUAUGAAAUAGAAAAACUACAUCAGGAUGGGAAUGUUACGUUUCAUGAUGUUUUAAGUAUGCUAUCAUACCGUUCUGUAGAUAUCAGAAAAAGUUUACAACUGGAAGAAUUAUUGGCUCGAGAAGAAUUAGAAUAUACCAUAGAGGAAGAAGUAGCCAAGCAAACAAUCAGAAAUUGGUUAGAUAAAUGUUUAAAGAGAAUUAGAACAAAAGAACAUUCCAACCUUAUAUCCAACUUACGAGCUACAAAUGAACCAGCAUUUUUUAUCACGGAGCCGUCUAGUGGAUUUUUAGAGAAUAAGGAGGAACAUAAAGAUGACUUGGUGCAGACAAGAACAAGGAAAAAAGGCCAUGUUGAAUUACGUAAUCCUGUUAUACAACCACCCAGUGCUUUGCAGACUGCUUCUGUACGUAAGUUUUUGACACCUACUUUGAGUGAUCCGACAAAUCGAGGUGAGAAAGAUCGGACCAAUAUGAGAAAAAGAAGUUCUAAGAUGACGGCAGGAACAAAACCGCUUACCCUACCCCAGGUUAACGAGAGUAGAACAGAGGAUGAUACUGUUCUACAACCUCAAGAACGUCAAAUAGACUCCACAUUGGUUGGUCGUAAUGUAACAUGUGAUAUAGGAUCAUGGUGGGGAGAGUUAAGCGGAUUCUCCAAUCUUGAUAAUGGAGCUCCGGAGGUUUUGAUUUGAAUUCUUGACAUACAUUUAAUAGUGGUGCCAGACUUGUAUGUUGAAAAUAGAUUUGGAAUGAGAGAUAUGUAGAUUCGUUUCAAUUUGAAUUGCAGUAGGCUCAUGAGAAAAGUGGAAGAUGUUUUCAGGUAUUGAUCUUGGGGUUCAAGAAAACUGACUACAGUAUCAAACUUUUUAACAGAGAAGACAAACUUUGAUAUGAUGUUAUACAUACAAUAUAGCUAGCCCGCUCAACAAAAUAAGGUGUCAACAAGAAACCGACCACCAGAUAACAUGAGUCCAGUGACAAGUGGUAUUAGGUCUUCCAGAAAGUAAGGACAGCCUGGCUCAUGCUGAUCACCUAAUAUUGUGAUUAUUAGUAAUUCAAUUUUUGUAUAAAUUCAUAUUUAAACCAAAACACUAAAUUCAAAAUAUGUCUUUGUCCAGUCUCCAUUGUCAGGCUAUAGUGUGAAUAUGUUCCAAAUAGAAUUAAAAUUGUUAAUUAAGCUCUUUGAUUUCUGUCAAAAUGAAGCAUUGAUUUCAAUUGGAAUGAUGUAAUGGGACAAGUUCUGUACAAUAAAAGUGUGGUUAUGAUUUAUUAAGCCACAGUCUGCUUGUUGACUAAUUUCAGUUUCAUUGAUGGCCCAUGAAUAAAUGUUAUUGAUUUCAUAUAUUAUAUUCAUAUUCAAAGUAACCAUUGACCCCGCUCAUUAUAUAAAGUAAAAAUACUCUUCUACUUAAAGCAAACCAUUGUUCAGGUUUGAAUCCCACGACUUGUAUGGAAUACCAUUGUUCAGGUUUGAAUCCCACGACUUGUAUGGAAUCUAAAAACGGCUAUAUCUCGGCAAUGGUCUCAAAUUUUGGGUACAGUUUUAAUUUAAACUCCCCAGAUAUCAUGCCAAAUCUAAAAUUAUUUUGGCUAGGUUGUAAUGCCUCAGGGUAUAAUGACAUGCAGUAUCAUAUCUUUCUCUCAGAAUCUAUUUAUUGGUAAUUUGUAAGUAACUGUAUAUAUUUAUGUACAGAACUGUAAUAAUUUAUUGGGCUUUUGUGCAAUUCAUUAUGUG